AUAUAUAUAUAUAGUUGCCUUUAGUUUGUAUAGUAUUUAUUUGUGUAAAUAAAUUUAUAUACUUCCCCCUUCCCCUACAGAAGCCUCUGCUCUGAAAGUUUCUCUCCGGUGUUAGGAUAAAUUGGGGGAAAAGGUGGGGGGGAAGCCUAAAAAUUGGAUUUUAGAUUUCUAAUGUGGCUCAAACUGCCACUGUAGUUUCCUGCAUCAUGAAGUGUGAGGAUACAAAUUUGGAGCUUCUGUGAAAUCAAAGCUGCAGUUACUGGACCAGUAUGUUCAUAUGAAGGCAAUAGUCAUAAAACUUUAGUCUUAAAAUAGGUUUUUAUUUGGUUGCUUUUUGUGUAAGUAAGGCCUAAUGGUCUUGAUUUGAUCAAACGAAUACAAAUCCCUGUGCAGUGAGGCUUUGUUAUGAAACCUAACUUUGGAGUGCAGCUUACAGUGUGAUAAUAUGCUCUUGUAACUCAAAUAUCUUAUGUCUAAAAAUAAAUGAUAAAAAAACCUCAAACAAAACUUUUAAGAAAGAAGCCUUAGGGGUUUUUUUGCAAGAAGGGAAAAUAUUUGCUUAAUAUUACCUAUGCACUUUUCUGCUUCCAUUUAUUUUGCUGAGUAUUGUUGCACUACACAGAGAAGUAGGAAAAGUACAAAUUAUCCAGGUAAAAGUAAGAUAAAAUAUGAUGUUUCUGCUAGUCCUGAGCCUCUGCGGUGGGACAUGUUCAAGGUGCUUCACAGAAAAUGUAUGAUUUGAGGAGCACCAUCCACUGGCCCAAAGUCUCCUGAAGCCUGGUAAUGAGGUCUUGUGCAACCCUUUUGUUGCUCUUCCCUUACUUCUUUUUUUUUCUCUCCUCCAGAAAGGGCUGUUUAGUGUAGGUCUUGAAGCAAAUUUUUGAAAGGAAAAGAAUAUCUCCUAAAAUACAAUAAAUUGACUAAUUGACAGCUACAAGGCCUUCUUUCCUUGGAGACCGAGAUGCUACAUGUAUCUUGUUGUAGGAAUACAGAUUAAAAUUAUUUCAAAGAACAUUAGUUGCUUCUGUAUCCUUUGGAGAAGAUGUAUUGUGUUUCAAAUGACUGAGAAUUCUUGUUAUUAUUGCUAGUUUGCUAGCGCUGUUCAUCGAGAAAACAAAGAAAAUGGGCUCUAAAUGACUUGGUUUCAUCCCAUUUAUUUUUAAAUGGGAAAAGAAUUAGGCAGCCAGUCUGAAUUUGGCAUAAGAAUUAAUGUUUCAUGAGAACUCGUGGAAUAAAAGACCAGUAAAUGCAACCUAGCAGUGGUUUCUAGGGAAGCAUUAUUUUAUUUACCCUACAGUUUGCAGAAGUAACAGAAAAGACUAAGACAAGAAGCCUGUCAGCUGUGGAAGUAGAUCUAAGGGAUACUGGAUCUUUGAGAAGUGCACAAACAAACUACAGGUUAUGUGCUCUGGGAAUAAUUUUGGUAAUCACUGAAGUGUGUUGUGGAUGUCUUUUGGAAAAAAAAAUUAUUAAAAUGACUCAUAUUUCUUGCGCUUAAAUAUUAUGCUUGGAAGAAAAAGCGUCUCUAAAAGAAAUCAUGAGGAAAAGGAAGAAUCCCAUUCACUUCCAACAGUUCAGUCACCCUAAUGAUGACGACUAUCAUGACAUGGAGAUGAUAUCUCAGGAUAACAACGACAACUGGCCCGAGUGUCCAUAUGGAACAGCUUGUUAUAGGAAGAACCCACAGCACAAGCUGGAAUACAAGCACACUGCACCUCCAGGAACUGAAAGAGGAACCCGAAAACAAACUUCAAGAAAUGGAAAAAGGGCUGUGGAGAAAGACAGUGCCAAUGAUGGUGAAGCCAAUGAGUAUGACCUCAAUGACAGCUUUAUAGAUGAUGAGGAAGAGGAGUGUGAAGCUACUGAUGAGGACUCGGACUGGGAACCAAGUUCAGAAGAAAAGGACAAUGAGGAUGUUGAAACACUUGUGCAAGAAGCAGGUAGAUUUGUUAAGACCAAAAAAUAGCUGCUUGGAACAAUGCUACAAGUUUCCAAUGUGGUUCUGUUAAAACAUGGUUGCACAGAGGAGAGGAAUUUUUUGAAAACUUUUUCUCAGUGAUGUAGAAGCUACAGGAAGAUUUUAGUGGGGCCGAGGGAUUCAGCAAUGCCUUUUUGUCCAUAUGUAUUAUUUUGGGGGUGGUGUGGUGCUUUUUUUAUGAAGUGGUGGACCCACAGGAUGGAGCUCUGAAAGUUUUGGUUGUUUUUUCUUUCUUUUCUUCAUCUAUUUGUUUUACAGUUACUCUGAAAUACAAUUUUAAAGGUUGGUAAAACUUCAUCUCCCUAUGCUUGAAAGAAAUACUGGCAUUAGGAAAGCCUAAACCAUUUUUUAAUGUUCCUUUGAGUUAGUGCAGUUGUAAACUUCAUUAUUCUGCUCCCAACCUUUGUUGGUUCUCUUGAGGUACCAUAAUUAAAUACAGGUUGUCUAAAUCACUUGAGAACAGUAUCUCAAAGUGUAUUGAACCACUUGGCUGACUCAACAACAGUUAUGGUGUAUUUGUUCCAAUUACAACAGUACCUCUUUCCAUGCCCGUAUAUCACUGGAAUUGUGUUCAGUUCUCAGCAAAGCUGAAGUCUUGAUGACUGACUGUAUUUUUGCACAAAUAAACUUGUAACAUACAGUAGGAAA